UGGAGCUAUUUGCGACAAAACAGUGCAUUAAAUUUUGAUUGACUGUCAUAUUUUACCCUGUAAUUUAAGCUUAUCUUGUUAUCUCAUCAUUGGACUGUAGGAGUUUUAAGUGCAUUGCUUUUGGGUGAUUUUUCGUGCUAUUUACUAUAGUAAAGUUGAUCCACGCUGCAGAAAUAUGGAGCUGAAAGAUGUGGAAAAGUGCUGCUGUGUGAUUAAAGUUUCUGGGUCAGCAGGGAAGAAACCCGUCAGCUGCAGUGGAGUAAUCGUCCACCCUCGGUCUGGUACUGUUUUAUGCACCGGCCUCCCGUUUAGCCGGUUUGUUACCGACAGAGAGCUCCUCUCCUCAGACGCCGUGGUCCUGUUUCCCCGCAGCUUCUGCGACCAACUAAAAAUCCGCGUAUGCUUGUCAGGUUCCAGAAGGAGCAAGCCGUCCCGUCAGCGGGAGGUUUCAGGCGAGCUGCUGAUGCUGCUGAACUGCGUGGAGUUCAAACGUACCUUCAUGGGAGUUUUCCAGGAGACAGACCAGUGGCGUUUCCAUGGUGAUGAUGAGGAUGCUGAGCUAAUCAGAGAUGCACUGUCCCUCAGCUGGUUUGCAGUCCUCAGGGUGGGUGUGGUGGUGAACAACAACACAGACACGGAAAGUACCCCGUGGCAGAGCAGCUCCUCUCUGCAGAAAGGCUGCCCGGUUGUUGCAUGCGGCUCUCCUUUUGGCUCCCUCUGCUUAGACCUGUUCAUCGGCACCCUCAGCCGAGGGAUUGUCAGCAACCUGGCUGGAGAAGACAAUGCUGUCAUCCUCACAGACGCUCGCUGCCUACCCGGCACAGAGGGUGGAGGCUUGUUUGUGGUGGAGGCCACUGACAGUGUCCGUCUCAUCGGUGUGAUUGUUUCUCCAUUUGGCUGGAAGUCAAAUGAGUGGAUAGGCCUCACUUUAGUCUGCUCUGUUGACAUGAUCUUCAGGAGCGUCAUUCGUUGCACAGGGGUCCGAGAUCCGCUUCACGGGGUUUGGGAACAAAAAAAAGAGGCAGAUCUCUGCAUGUCCAGAACAGCUCAGGGUUCAGAAGCUGUCAGACACCCCACUGUGUGCUUUGUGGACAGUGGACAGGCCUGGGGCUCAGGAGUUGCUGUCAGUGCAGGGCUGGUGGUAACUUGCCGGCAUGUAGUCGGUGGGAAGUCUUCGGUCACCCUGAAGUUUUAUCAAGAUGGCAGAGUCCGAGAUGCUGUGGGCGAUGUUUUGUUCUCCACUAAACCAUCGUCACCAUAUGAUUUGGCUUUAAUUGAGCUUAGAGUCCCUGUCCCAGAAGCUGUGAUCCCCAGAAUGUCAAAAGGUUUUCACCCAGGUGAGGCUGUGGUGGUAGUGGGAUACGGCGGGCUGGGCCGAGUCUGCGGCCCAUCCCUGACAUCUGGUGUCCUCUCCAAGGCCAUCAGCUUGAAUGGCCAGCCUGUCAUGCUUCAGACCACAUGCGCAGUACAAGCGGGAGCCAGCGGGGGCGCUGUGGUGCAAAAACAGUCGGGAGAGCUGCUUGGGAUCGUAUCGAGCAAUGCGCGAGACCUGGCCGCGAGCGUAACCUAUCCGCACCUCAACUUCAUCAUCCCAGUGCCUGUUUUCCAGAGACCGCUGGAGGAGUUUCAAAAGACAAGAAAUGUCGACGUGUUCAGUGUGCUGAACGCCACAGAGAGGGAUGUGAGACGGGUGUGGAGGCUGCAAGGUGCACAAAGCAAACUCUGACCUGCGAUUCAUAAACUUUGAGAGCAGGAGGAAGAUCCGGCAUAACAAGCUGGCAGGUUGCAGAAAAUGAUUGGUCCCUCUGGGUAGCUCGAGACGGCUGCUGUGUGUAUAUAUCAGGUAUUCAGACAUCUGUUGGCAGGAACAUUCACUCACAUCGGAGGUUUUGCCCGAUGGGACGUUACCGGUGCUGAUUUCCAUUAUCACAGAAAUACGAAACUGUGAGGUGACAUUUCCAAAGAUUGGUUACUGUCAGUUUUCACAAUGCAAUGGCAGACGUUCCUGGUGUGAACUCUUGAAGACAAGGAGCGUUGCAUACCAAAGGGGUUUCUGUUUCACUGUUCCCAGAGUAAAUCGCUAACAGAGGAGAGUCUUAAGCAGUGUCCCGAGGAAACACAUUUUUCUGUAGGUGUUGUGCUUUAAGAGCUGCUCACAUGCAGACCGAGGUCUAUAUCCAAUUUCUACUGGUUUCCCUACAAGCCACGUUUCACACAACGAGGGAAGGCAUAAGGAACGUAAGCCGGCAACCACAUUGUGUCAACACAAUCCGCUUCACAGCGAACAGGUCACACAAAGAGGAGAUUUAGAGAUUUGCGCUGGUGAUUUUUUAAAAUUGAGCUUCAAGAGCGGGGCACUACUACGUGACAUAUUGUGGGAGAUGUUCUCGAUUUUCAUGUCACUAGAAUAAUCUUGUCUGAGCAACAUUCCUGAAAAAGAUUUGCUCCUCUGAAAUAGUGAGCCAGAAUAAUACCAUUCGUAACAGUAGCAGAAUUCAGUAUGUUUACAACAGUUUAAAGCAAACAAAGGGGUCAAAAAUCUAAUUGUACUUUCAAUUGUGAAAUGUAACCUGAGUAACAGCCUCACAUUGUUUAGGCUUCUUGCUAUGACUACCAGAUGUCUUAUGUGUUGUGCUAUUCCAAACUAGGCAUGAAGCUGCCUGAGAGCAACUGCUUUAAAUGAGCUGUUUCUAUGAAGAUUACAAUGAACUGUUUGUUUUGAUAUUAUACUUCAAGAGGGUACCGUAAUUUUAUUGUUAAAAGUGCUUCUUAUCUCCUCCUCUGAACUAAACUUAUUCUGCCACUGUCUAGUUUGUGCCUUUAGCCUAUUUAAAUCUUGUUCAGCCCAUUUUCUUUUGCUUGAUGACUGUUUAUACUGAUGUGAUGAGAUUAUAUGUAAGGUUCCCUCACGUUUGGAGCAGUUUGUGCACACAGCUUAAAAUAAGAUGUCGAGAAUGAUCAGUGUGAACUGAAUGGUUGUUAUGGAAACCUAGUGACCUUAAGAUGCCAGUCUUUGCUGCAGUUUAUUAUUUUUUUUAUCAGCGAGCUUUAUAGAUUUAUUUCGCCCGCCAUCACCAUCCUUUUCCUGGGUGGGGGGGCAGAUAAAAGUGGGAGCCUUAUCUGCCAAUUUAUUCCCAUACAUUUUAAUUGUAUGGGAAUAAACAUAAAUAUGAAAACAGGCAGAUCAUAGCCUGCUAAAUAUAGUUUUAAAACUGAAUUACUUUUUUAAGAGGGACGAGUGAAGCUCAUUUAGUUUCCACCCCAUGGCUACGGUUUCCACAAGCAGAAAUGUUUAGAGGAAAAGUGUCGUAACUGUAAGAGCUGAUAUGAAGUGUAGAGCAACAAUUGUAACUUGCUCUAACAUUUUUGCAGCAAGAACCUUUUAAAACAUUUGUGCUUUGUACCUUGAACUACCCUAAUCCUAAUUCCUGCUUGUUUGCAGUCACUUUUUUUCUCACUUUCCAAAGGUCCUUCUCGGUUUUUCUUUGGACUUUGGCUCUUUUUCACCCAUUUUCAGUUGACCUGACCACAAUCAGAGAUGUAUGUAUUUUAUUCAGCUAUCUAAUGCUGCCCAAGUUUAGAACAAGUCCUCAACUCAAACGUACGAACCAGAUUUGUGCCCCAAUAUAAAAUGCCUUAAAGACUGUUAUUUCUCUUCUCACGGUAAAUUGUGUAAUAAAAAUAUCAAAUAUCAACUAUUACUUUGAACAAACUAUUAGCGGAACUGCUCCUGAAUUAAAUCUGGCAUUCAAUAAAUGAAAAGAAGAAAGAAACACAUCACUGCAGACAACUUACCAAUAAUUCAUUAUAUGGACAAUUUUUCCAUUGCCGGUCACUUUAUGCACUAAAAUGGAGAGUAGCAGCAAAAAUGAAAAACUUCUCAGACUCAGAAGCACGGUGACCAGAUCAGCCACAUAGAUAAGAUUUAUUUUAUUUGAUGUUUUUUUUUGUUUGUUUUUUUUAAUUAAACACAAUAACCAAUGCACAUUAUAUUACGAUGAACACUUGUCAGCUAAGCCGUAAAGCUGCCAGUCUUUCAAGGCAUUGACCAGCAGGUGACAUUCUGUCUUCUGAUGAACACGUUAUGUACAAGCUAAGGAGUGAUGUGUGAGAAACGUCCUAAUAAGUCAUGAAUGAGACAGAGCACUACUGUCACAUAUGAGCCAAAGCGUAUGAGGUGAAAACAAUAAGGCCAGAGGGCGCUUUUCAAUACUCCACCAGGUUUCAUUUCCUUUAAGGGCAGAUUUCAAACUAAAACCAUAACCGGUUUCCAUCUGCACUCAUAAAAGAUAAAGAAAACCACUCUAGACUAUUGAAAUGCACCCAAACUGGAUAUAUAUAUAUAUAUAUAUUUAAUGCAAGCACCUGCAGCUUCUUAAAAUCUCCAUUACACAUCAGCUAAAAACAGCUCGUAGAUAGUUCAAAGGACAUACAACAAAGGAGAACAAAGAUUCACAAUUUAAAGGACAAGAUUUUUCCCUUUUUUUUUUUUUUUACUCCCAAGCCCAAUAUUUCU